AUGGAUCAACCUGACGUCCUCACCCGAGGACCAUACAAUCCGUUAAUUAACCCGGCUCAUUCGAAACCUGCAUUGGUGGAAGAAAAUGUCGAGGCUCAGCACCACAUCCUUUUCUCGCGACCCCUUCUAGGCGCGCUGCUCUUCGAGAACUCGUCUUCCGAUGCCCGCGACCACUGCGCUAACGAGCGUACUUUUCUCUCCUGGCUGCGCUUGUCCAUGUACUUGGCCGUUGUCUCUCUAGCUAUCAUCAUCUCGUUCCAUUUCCGUCAGCAGCCCUCCAUUCUGGAGCGGCGCAUGGCUCUUCCCGUCGGCAUUAUUUUCUGGCUCCUAAGCUUGACCUGUCUCGCUAAUGGGUUCUUCAACUACGCUCGGACCGUCAUGAAGUACAGCCGCAAGGCCGCUCUUGUCCAGAGUGGGUGGAAGACUCAGGUCGUGUUCACAGUGGUGGGCACGGUGAUUCUGGGCAGCUGUAUUCUCUUUUUGUCAACAAAUCGAGACGGUUGA